AUGUUUAACACAGAAUUAGCUUCGGAUCGUUUGAAGAGGAUGGAUCUGCAGAGGCGUCGAGACAGAGAGACAGAGAGAAGAGAGAGGAUCUUUAACGAUAAACUCAGAACCAUGGGAGUUGACACAGAAGCUCUGCACGUUCAGGUGGAAGAGAAGAAUAAACUAAAAGAGCAACUCGAGGAGAAACAAAAAGCUCAUGAUGCUGAAGUGCUUCAUAAUAGCAAAGUAGCUUCCAUUCUCCAACACAGAGAAGAUAAGAAUAAGCGUGCCAUGCAGAUGGAACUAGUCAACUACCGGCAGCAGCACCAGCAGCCUCGGAGCCAGCAGGAGUUUGGCCUGAACGACACAGACCACAGUAGAGAAACAGGAGUGAUGCCUCCUGGUUUUAUGGGUGAAGACCCAGAGAUUGAGAACAGAUUGCAGAGGCAGAAGGAGCAGUUGAGACGAUGGAGCAACCAGCAGCAGAGUGAGCGAGAGACAGAGAGGCACAAGCAAACACUAGAAAAGCAGCGUGAUGAUCAAAUGAGAGUAGAGAUGGACAACAGAGCUCUGCAGCUUCAGAGCCUGGAGAUGGAGAGGAGAAGGGCAGAAGCCGUUGCAACUAAAGAGUUCAACUUGGCCAAGAUUGAAGAGAAGCGCCGCCAGGAACGUGAUGAGGAGGACAACAGAGGUCUGGAUAUCACCCCCGCCCUGGGUAGGUUGGGAGUACCUGGUCUGUGUCCAGGCUCUGAUCUGAGAGCCCCCCCACAGACGCUGGAGCAGGUCCUCCAGUUCCAGAGAAAUCAAAUAGAGGAGAAAAAGAGGAUCGAAUUAGAGAACAAGCGAGAGGAGGAGCAACACGAUCGUGUUCGCUUGGCCUCUGCUCGCUCGGCUCUGCUACUAGAGAGGAAGCAGGCUAAAAUGAGCAGGCAGAUGAGACAGCAUGAGGAGAACUCCAACUUCCAACUGGCCGAACUACAGAGACAACAGAAACUGGACCUUGAAAGAGGAAGCAUCCACGAAAGCUUCUUCUCCAAAUUCAACACCUGCAGCAGAUGA